AUGGAUCCUUCCCAAGUAUCCUCCGCAAACGGAGACUUGAAAAGAUUCACGUGCUUUUCAAGGCUUCCUCUCGAGAUUCGCGAAAUGAUAUGGGAAUGCCUAAUCUCUGUACAACGACACCUGAGGAUAGAAGGCCGCUUGGGAAAACUCACCAAGAUUGGGUCUUUCUCAAUAUGUCGGGAGUUGUUUCUCUCUCAAGUCUGCUCUGAGAGUCGACAAGUCCUUUCUCGUAUUAUCGCGCACCAGACCGCGACAGAUGGCGAUGGGGCUUCCAUUAAUCGACAUUUCGGCACUGUUCUUAUUACAACAUUUGAUUCACCCGUACUGGAGAUCUCUUCUUCCCUGACGACCGAUAUUGAUUGUAUUGCUAUACCACGACCCGUUGGAGGAGAGUUGCAAAAGCUCCAGCUAGCUCUACAAAAGGGGGUAGCUGCUGGUAGUCGACAGAUGAAAUCCAUCUACCUUGGGAUUUCAUCAUACCUCCAGGACCAGUACUUACUCAGACCAGGGAAUCACCCCAUGACGCCAUCCGCUGAUUUCAAAGCCAUGACCGACGACGAUGAUGUAUUACUCCCAGGCCUUGAUUAUCAGAAAUUAUUCGUUACAGGCAACAGAUCAUCCAGGGCAGAAAAUGACUUCCUAUUCUAUAUCUACUCAUGCUGGGCUUAUGAUCAGACUGCACAAGAGCUACGCUCGACCUGGGAGAGACUUACUUCGAAGAACGAAAUCGCGGCACCUGUGUUAGAACCAGCCCUAAUCUUGACCCGUGCAGCCAGAGGGCAUUAA